AAACCGAAUCUCUCGUUGGACUGAGUGACUUGACUUUCUACGCACGUCACUCACCGUCAUGUCUCGGGUUCUCGCGGACUUCUGACUCUGGCUUCCCGCCAGAAUACUUGGCUUUGCAUGAGGUCUAUUUUGACCGAGAACCAUUUUCCGUUUCACGCCAAUUUCACUCGACCUGGACGCGUUUGCGCCCUCGCUCCACUAUCGAUAGUUAAUAUUCGAUCCGACAAGCUUCCUACCCGAUGCCACCAUUGCAAUUGAGCACCGCUCUUGUCUCUUCUCAACAAUGGAUGAGGAUACUACUAGAUUAGCCCCGCCGGCUGUCAGCUCGCUCCGUGCUCAGGCUAUCGGCCGUUCGAUGGAAAGAUCUCUGAGCGCCGACAUUAGGGAAGAGCGCGAGGAACUUCGAGAGGCUGCCGAGCAGACUUUGAACGUUAUCGUAGAUCUUAAUCUCGAUGGAACCAUCCGAUGGGUUAGCCCAUCUUGGGCCGAGGUUAUUGGGACGCAACCUCAGUCUGUCGAGGGUACACCGAUUGCCGAUUUGAUUAUUAGCGACGACAAAACAGCAUUUUCCGAUGCUGUCGAUUCGAUGAAGAAGGAUGACUCGCGUAGCCAGUAUAUUCGUUUUACUGUUUACCUAGGGCCUUUGUCAAAAUUAUACCCCGCCACUGUCAGCAGGAUGCCUGAGGGUGGCGAGAUUGAACCUGCCACGGUUGAACUUGAAGCACAAGGGAUUAUGGUGUACGACCGCACUACCGGAGGCGAAAGUCAUACUAUGUGGAUGAUAAGACCAUGGAUCGCGCCCCGAGAGGUUAAAAUCGACCUUGCUCCAUUGCUAGUAGAUGCUCUUGGAUCGGGUGCUGAAGUUCUUGCUAGUUAUCUAACUCAACUAGCUGAAUCUGGGAAUGAGGAUCCAGCCGACCAUCCUCCACCGCCACCGGUCCUAUGUCGUAUUUGCGAACGUCAGAUACCUCCUUGGUGGUUUGAGAAGCACACGGACUUAUGCCUUCAAGAGCAUAGGGCUGAAAUGGAUGUUCAGAUGGCCCAGGAGAACUUAACUGAACAUCGUCACGCUAUUGUCAAAGUGCUUGAUGCAUUGGAAGCCCGAAAAAGCCGCGCUCUGUCUGGGGAGCUAGGCAUGCUUCCUGUUGCUGAAUAUAAGGGCUUACCAAUUGGACCAUCUUCCAGCAACUCCUCGCCAGGACCGGCGUCUCCUGCACCCACAUCGAGAGAUCGAUCGACAGGCUUUGGACAUUCCCGUUCUCGAUCUUUCGCCGUGAGACGGCCCCAGGCUCGCAUUGUUGAGCUACUUUUAGACCUUUGCGAUACUGCUAUCGAGAUUAGUCCUCCUGCGAUCAAAGAAUCCUCGUCACAGGCUAUUGGCGAGUUUCGCACCCAAUCGCCACAAUCGGAAUCUCGAAUAUCUCAGGUACUCCAAUGGUCAUCUCCUAGUACGAACACCCUCGAGCAAGAACAAGGCCUGGCCUUGCUGUGCUCAGAAACAGAAAAAGUUGCUAAGGAGAAAGUUGAGGCCGUGUUUCGACAUAGGAGGAUAAUCGAAUAUGCAGAACGCAUUCGAAUCGAGUUCAGCGUCAUAGUAGAAAACUGUAUUGAAGAUGCACUACGUAAGGCGGCUCGUAUUGCAGCCGGUCGCCUGAGUGAUUCUACCGAGGACGAAGAAGGUGAAGAUGAAGAGGAGGAGGAGGAGGUCGAAGAAACCCCGGUAGUACAAGAAGAACCUAUUUUUGCUGGGUCAUUCGAAACGCCUUCGUCUUUAGCGCUCGCUCUGCAGAAUGUGAACUUGAGCGAUACGGAAGACAAAAGACGUCCGUCUUCCAUUAUUGAGUCUACCAGAUCGAGUAGCCCUAGGGAAUGUCCAACACCAAAGUCUCAUCGCGAAAUAUUGAGUGUUACUAGCCAACCACGAGAUUCUCGUAGAGGAUCGACUCUGAUCGAAAAUGACGGCGGAGAUAGCGACAGUAGCGCUAGAUCCACAUCAGUGGCGCGCCAACUACAUCGAACUGAGUCACCUAUUUUGUCCGAGUUAGGUGGUUUGCGACGUGCAACUAGUGCGAAACAGCAUCAUAGGCGAAGCCUCAUCUUGGCGGGUACGUCGUCGCCUCAUCGUCAAGAAUCGCCCUCUAGGAGUACACAGCCCUCAUCGCCACUACGAGUUCACAAACCUCGUAAUCUGCAAUAUUCACAGGAAGGCGUUGUCUCCCCGGAAGCCUCACCCAUGCUUCCCAAUAGCGAAUUUAACUCCCCGGCUAUAAUACCACAUCAUCGUCGACAAUCAUCAGCAGCCUUGUCGGAAUUCCCGGGUCCCAGUCGGGCGCCCACAUCCCCACGUUUGAAUCCUACAAGCCAUCCCCCUAUGGCACGUGCUGUACCUCCGUCUAUUAAGGACUUUGAAAUUAUUAAGCCAAUUAGCAAGGGCGCCUUCGGAAGUGUAUACUUGUCAAAGAAGAAAUCUACAGGCGAGUACUUCGCCAUCAAGGUCUUAAAGAAAGCGGACAUGGUGGCCAAGAAUCAAGUCACUAACGUCAAAGCCGAGAGAGCGAUUAUGAUGUGGCAAGGGGAAAGCGAAUUUGUUGCAAAAUUGUAUUGGACGUUUUCUAGCAAGGACUACUUAUAUCUUGUUAUGGAAUAUUUGAAUGGCGGCGACUGUGCUUCCCUCAUCAAAGUUCUUGGAGGCCUGCCGGAGGAUUGGGUGAAAAAAUAUCUUGGUGAAGUUGUCCUGGGGGUAGAGCAUCUUCACGAUAGAGGCAUUAUCCACCGCGAUCUAAAACCUGACAACCUACUCAUCGACCAAAAAGGUCAUCUCAAAUUGACGGAUUUUGGUCUUUCAAGAAUGGGAUUAAUCGGUCGCCAGAAGAGAGCCUUGAACAGUGGAUCCGCCGAGCCUACCCCAGACCUGCUGAAGACGGGGCCUUUUGUUCGAUCGACAUCCGUCGCAUCUUCUCGAUCAACUUCGCUCGAUUUUCAUGGCACUCAUAAUUCCCCGGGUACAACACCUCAAAUUACUCCUGACAAUGGAGUUGGGCAACCAUCGUACUUCGCCCUUUCGCAGCUUCCUCCCGAGUCACGCCGUAUCUCCGGCCAACGUAGUGACAGCGGCGGCAGUGAAACAUUGACGCACAUGUUGGGGAAUUUCUCUUUGGGGGAUCCCCAACAAAGCCAGUCCAGUGUACGGUCUCCGCACGACGAUGGAAGCGAUGCUGGGAAUGCGUCUCCUGACCUUCCGUCACUUCAUCAGACUAGCAGUCAAAAUAGCGAUAUACACAGAAAUACACCGCCUCAGUCAAGUAUGAUGCCUCCUCCAAUGGCCUUAUUUGAUCCCGAUGAUACCAACCGUAGGUUUGUGGGGACUCCUGACUACCUUGCCCCCGAAACUAUCAAAGGUGCUAGACAAGAUGAGACCAGUGACUGGUGGUCAGUUGGUUGCAUCAUGUUUGAGUUCCUUUAUGGCUAUCCUCCGUUCCAUGCACCCGAGGCAGAUCAAGUUUUCGAAAAUAUCUUAGCUCGAAAGAUUAUGUGGCCUGAAGAGCCGGACGAUAUUUCGCCUGAGGCAAAGGAUUUGAUCAAUAAACUACUAUGUAUCGAUCCACAACAAAGAUUAGGGUCUAACCGUGGGGAUAUAUAUGCUUCUGGGGGAGAAGAAAUUAGAAAGCAUGCUUGGUUUGAUGGCAUUAAUUGGGAGACUCUACUUCAAGACGAUGCCCAAUUCGUUCCUCAACCUGAGAAUCCUGAGGAUACAGAGUACUUUGAUGCGCGCGGAGCCACCCUACAAUCCUUUACCGAAGAGAUGGAAGAUCAAGCGUCGCCUCCAUCCGUUGCGACACCGGAUUAUCCUGAUCGCCCACACGAUGCUCUUUCGCGAGUUCGUUCGCAGGUUCAGGUUAAUCAGAUCAAACGGGGUUUAAUGCCAUUACAUAUACCUCCACAUAUCCGGGAUCUCAAAAGUCGACGACUUAGUGAGCCGGUGGCUUCGGAUGAUUUUGGUUCAUUUGCUUUUAAGAAUCUAACAGUCCUUGACAAAGCCAAUAAGGAUGUAAUCCAACAAUUGAAAGCGCAAGCAAUGGCAGCACAGAGCAGAUCUGGGUCGAGUCCAGGCGGGAAUAAUCCCCCUUCACCAGCUCCAGUGCUUGAAGGGAGCCCAGUCUUGUCCAUGCCUGCGCAGCGUAAUCUGUCCAAAGCGUCAUCACAACGCCCUGCAUCGCCAUCUACUGCUAGCCAUACCAAUUCAUCUCCUAGUCGUGCUUCGCAGCCAUCUUCGCCGCUUCUUGUGUCUUUCCAUGCCGGCCAGGGAGGUGAAGGCCGUAGAAAAGCAUCAAGCAAUUCCUCCAGUCUCUCGCAACAAUCUGGAACUGGCUCCUUGCAGCCCGGAAGCUUUUUCGAUGUGCCUCGUACCACACCUAGCCUUCAGAAGUCAGCGAGUGCUGCUGCUGCAUCGCCCGUGAAAAGUAAGGCCGCACCACCUCCACUGCCGCUCUCCCCGCAGAAGACAGUAGGGACGCCAAGACAAGCGAGCGGUUCCUCGACGCGAUCUCGAUCUCUUACUGUCGGCUCUCAAGAAGGUAGUCCUGUUGCAGCUGAUCUUCUUGCGCAUCAUCGCAAUCGUCGAAGUCAAGUCUUUGACAUGUCUCCUUCAUCGUCAGACAACGAGGGUGAUAGAGCAAAUGCUCUCCUUAAAGUCCAGCGACGCCGUCAAUCAUCUCGCAGGAUGUCGGCGAUAAUGCUUGAUAGUCCGACGUUCCGCUCUUUAGAUGUCCUAAUAUGCGAGGACCACCCGGUCUCACGAAUGGUUAUGGAAAAAUUGCUCGAAAAGCUUCGAUGCCGCACUAUAUCAGCAUCGACGGGUUCCGACGCCGUUCGAUACGCCGUAAGUGAAAUCAAAUUUGAUAUCAUCUUUACUGAGUUUAAACUGCCUGAAAUAAGCGGCUCGGAUGUUGCUCGAAUGGUUCGCGAGGUCAAGAAUGUUAAUGCUCACACGCCGAUCGUUGCAAUAACCGCCUAUUUAAAAGAGCUACAAGCCCCUCAUUACUUCGAUUCUCUCAUUGAGAAGCCUAUCAGCUCUUCCAAAUUAGUCGAGGUUCUCGCCAAACUUUGUUCAUGGAAGCCACCUUCACCUGGGCAGGUCCAAUCGAUACCAAUUCCCAAUCCCAUUUCUACUGUAAAGUUGAAUAUCGCCCGGUUGGAAGACAGUCCAACGUCGGGAUCGUCAGGAUUUGCUCACGCGGGAAGUAGUAGUUUCCGUGGCUCAAGUAGAGAAGAUUCCAUUAGUUCCAGCCUGUUCGGGGAUUCCGAGUCGGCAACCACUGACGAAAUACCUGUCGUGGUCAGCCGGAAAGGUACGGGGGACUGGGCAGAAGAUUCAGGCUUGGGGAUUAGCAAUGACGAGACAGCCCAAAAAAUGCCCAUUCCGCUCAUUUCUCAGCAGUCAGCCCCUGCUCAAAUGGAGCAACCUAGAAUGCCGGUGCCCCGACAAUCACUGGAGAAGCUCCGUGCCAAGCGCGAGCAUCUCGAGAAACGGCGUGUUGAAGGCAAUGACUCCGCCGACGAUGAAGAUGAUGAGCUCGGUACACAUCGGGACCGUGGUUUCCGUGGCAAGCAGCCACAGCCAAGUUCCAAACUCGGUAUCGAGAUGAUGAGGGCUAAUAGCCACGAUAGUGUCGCCUUCUCAUCUGAUACUACACCGGAACCUGUGACUCAAGUUGUGACACCAGCUAGAGAAGCCGAUGUUUCACCGCUUUCGGGAGUUAGAUCUCCAUCAAAAGCCUCGUUACGCACGCCACCAGAAGCUUCUCCAACUUUUGAUUCAGAGGGUUCCAAAGAGGGACCCGAUAAAACGCCACGACCCACGGUUGGUACACAGGAAGAUACGAUUGAAGAGCCUACGCCACGACCAGUUAUGAAAAGCUCCGAGACUGUACUCCGAAUGGAUCGAGCUUGACACGUUUACGAUGAUUUAACGUAUCAUAUCACGAUCGUUUAUAAGUGUUGUUUACAGCAUGGCGUUUACUGGAUUGGCGUGCCGUGUUAUGCAUUUUAUUUCUUUUGUUAAGGCGACGGAUAGCAACGGAGUUGGGGAACUCUCCAGGAAUUGGGACUUUCUAGGGUGGCUAAAAGAUGCCCCAAACAGAAACAAAUAGGGUGGAUUAGUUGUCGCAUUUACACCAUUUUUGGAGGGAUUCCCGCAUUUGCUGUAUUGUCAUGUCACUACCACCAAAUCGCCACCAAACUGCGCGUUCAAUGUCCUAAGGCAAAGACGACAGCCCCUUUGGUGUUUACUCUAAAUCUCACGAUUUUUUUCCAGCCCCCACCGUUCCUUCAUUUCUUAUCCCUUGCCGGCCGGUAGGAUAACGACUCUAUUUUCAUGUACCAGUAUGUUGCGAGGGAAGGGCGCCAUGGAUAAUAAACAAGCAGAAGAGAAUUAUGAUUCCCGGGAUUUUCUUUUUUUUUCUUCCAAAUGGCUAGUUUUUCUGCGAUUUACGGGUUCUUAGGAGGGAGUUUUUAGUCAAAUCACCGAAUGGUAGGCAGGCAGGUAAAGUUGUACCUCGUUGCACAACGAUAAAAUUACAGAUGGACGAAUAUAAAAAAAAUUUGUAGACUGGACUUUUGAAUGCUUUAAGAUGCAUCUGUGCUA